AUGUCUUCCAAGGAGAAUAUCAAUAGCGAAAAAGUUCUUGAGGAGCUUAUGGCUAAGCUCAAUAUAUCAAAGGAACAAUCUGACAUCAACGCUGCGACACACAACCUGGCAACAUUCAUCAACUCACCAAUCGAAGAAAAUGACGCUCCUACUAAGACUGUCAAUUUACUCAAGAAGCAGCUUGGUAAUAAAAAGGACUCCAAUGUUCGAGAGCGUGCACUCAACGCCAUCCAGGCCAUUGCCGACCAUGCCGAUACAUCACCUGCUGUUGAGCCAUACUUUGCCGUCAUACUCCCACUAGCAUUGGCUGCGGUUGGUGACAAGAUGACUCCUGUCAAAAAUGCAGCUCAGGCUGCUUGUGUAAGCAUUGUUAAAGCCUUGAACGCCAAUGCUGUUAAGGCCGUACUCCCAACCAUCAUUAAUUCAAUCUUAACUGCUCAGAAGUGGCAGGAAAAAAUAACUGGACUCACACUCAUUGAAGUAUUGGUUGAAUCCGCACCUAUCCAACUCGCACUUCGUGUACCCGACCUGAUUCCAGUAAUCUCUGAAUCAAUGUGGGAUACCAAACCAGAAGUUAAAAAAAUGGCUUACGGCACUAUGGAGAAGGUAUGCGGCUUAAUCGUCAAUAAAGAUAUUGAACGUUUCAUCCCAGAGCUCAUAAAGUGUAUUUCUAAGCCCGAAAAUGUCCCGGAGACUAUUCAUCUUUUGGGAGCUACGACUUUUGUUACUGAUGUGCACGAACCAACUUUAGCAAUAAUGGUCCCACUUCUGGAUCGUGGACUAGUGGAGCGCGAGACAGCUAUCAAACGAAAAUCUGCCGUGAUCGUUGACAACAUGUGCAAGCUUGUCGAGGAUCCUCAGAUUGUUGCUUCUUUCUUGCCCAAGCUAAUGCCAGCUCUCACCAAAAACUAUGAAAAUUUAGCUGAUCCAGAGGCCCGAGAGAAAACAAAACAGGCUCUCGAUACUCUAACUCGAGUUGGUGACGUUAAAGAUGGAAAAACUCCAGAAGUUUCCCACGUUGGCGAUAUAAAUACUGUUUUACCCCAACUUAAAGAAAUUCUAUCCUCUAAGCACAAGCACAUUGUCGAACGGUUUGAACCGGUUCUCGUCUAUUGUGCUGCAAUAUCUGGGCAGUUAAUUGACGAGAAAGAAGCGGAUUCAGUCAGCUGGACUACUGCGCUAAAACCGUAUUUUGCUGCUAUUAUUGGCGAAAGUGACGCCCAAGCCAUAGUAGACGCUCUCCGAAAGCGAGUGUCGCCGGGUGCAGAAGCUGAAGAUGCCGAAGAGGCUGACGACGAAGAGGGCGAAGAUCUUUGCAAUUGUACCUUCAAUCUAGCAUACGGUGCUAAAAUAUUGCUUAAUCAAACACAUCUACGUCUCAAGCGUGGGCAACGUUAUGGUCUAUGUGGACCUAAUGGUUCGGGAAAGUCCACUCUUAUGCGUGCGAUAAAUAAUGAACAGGUUGAAGGAUUUCCGAAGAAGAGUGAAGUUAAAACUGUGUUCGUCGAACACGACCUUGAUUCUGCUGAUACUGAGUUAACUACAAUCGAUUGGACUAUGAAGAAGCUUGCAGAAGUUGGUAUUGAUACCUCACAAACCGAUGUCGAAAGGCAGCUUGGGGAAUUCGGUUUCACACCAGAAAUGACCAGUAACUUAAUCACUGCACUCUCAGGAGGAUGGAAGAUGAAAUUAGCCCUUGCUCGAGCAGUAUUUGAGAAACCUGAUAUCUUACUUCUUGACGAGCCCACAAAUCAUUUGGACGUCAAAAAUGUAAAAUGGCUCGAAGACUACUUGAUGAGUUCGCCCUGCACAUCUAUAAUAGUUUCUCACGAUACUGGCUUCCUCAACAAUGUUUGUCAGCACAUCAUCAACUAUGAGCGUUUCAAACUUAAGCGCUAUCGUGGAAACUUGAAGGAAUUCGUCAAGAAAUGCCCAUCAGCGAAAUCCUACUUUGAACUUGGUGCUUCUGAGAUGGAGUUUAAAUUUCCUGAGCCCGGUUUCUUGGAGGGUGUCAAGACAAAGGCCAAGGCCAUUAUUCGCGUUUCAAAAAUGUCUUUCCAGUACCCUGGGACUCCAAAGCCUCAAAUAUCAGACAUUAACUUUCAAUGUUCUUUAGGCUCUCGUAUUGCUGUUAUCGGACCUAAUGGUGCCGGUAAAUCUACUUUAAUUAAUGUCCUAACUGGUGAACUCAUCCCUACAGCAGGAGAUGUCUACACCCAUGAAAACAUCCGCAUAGCAUAUAUCAAGCAGCAUGCUUUUGCCCACAUUGACCAUCAUUUAGAGAAGACACCAUCAGAAUAUAUCCAGUGGCGUUUCCAAACAGGCGAGGACCGUGAAACAAUGGAUCGUGCCAAUAAAAUUGUCACUGAUGAGGACGAGAAUGCAAUGUUGAAAAUAUACAAGAUAGAGGGAACCCAAAGACGAGUGAUUGGUAUUCACUCUCGCCGCAAGUUCAAAAACUCCUACGAAUAUGAGUGUUCUUUUGCUCUCGGAGAAAACAUUGGCAUGAAAAAUGAGAGAUGGGUUCCUAUGAUGACUGCUGAUAACGCUUGGAUUCCUCGUUCCGAAAUCCUCUCCUCUCAUCAAAAGAUGGUAGCUGAAGUUGAUCAAAAAGAAGCCUUGGCUAGCGGUCAGUUCCGUCCACUUGUGCGCAAGGAAAUCGAAUCACACUGCGCAAACUUUGGCCUUGAUGCCGAGCUAGUAUCUCACUCACGGAUGUUGGGUCUCUCUGGUGGUCAGCGUGUCAAGGUUGUGCUAGCUGCAUGCUCAUGGCAACGCCCUCACUUGAUAGUCCUUGAUGAACCCACAAACUAUCUAGAUCGCGAUUCCCUCGGAGCACUUUCGAAAGCCAUCAAGUCAUUCGAGGGCGGAGUCAUAAUAAUAACCCACUCUGCGGAAUUCACGAAAGAUUUAACUGAGGAAGUCUGGGCAGUCCUCGAUGGAAAAAUGACUCCAUCUGGGCACAACUGGGUUCAAGGACAGGGAUCGGGUCCCAGACUCAAGGGCGACGAUGAUGAGGAGGAAGAAAAAUUCGACGCAAUGGGCAAUAAAAUCGUCUCUACGAAGAAAAAGGCCAAACUAACCAGCGCAGAGCUUCGGAAGAAGAAGAAGGAGCGUAUGGCCCGAAAGAAACGCGGGGAGGACGUUUGUAAGUGUUUUUAUUUCUAUAAGAACGCGUAA